AUGUUUAUACAAAUUAAUAAUGUUAAUUGUAUUGAUGAUAAUAAUGCUAUAACUGUUAAAACAUUGUCGGGAACAACAGUUAGAGGACAGACACUACAUGUGCUUAAUAGAGAUAUCCAUCAGUUUCUGAACAUACCGUUUGCCGAACCACCAGUUGGUGACCUGAGGUUUGCUAAACCGGUGCCAAUAAAGGAGCCAAAAAAGUAUGUCAUCGAUGGCACCAAACCGGGUAACUCUUGUAUACAAAACAUGAGUCCACAAACUAGACAUGCAUUUGAAGAUUUGCAACAAAGUGAAGACUGUUUGGUAUUAAAUGUAUGGACACCGAGUGUAAUGUCGAGCACUACUACUACUACUACUACUACUACUACUACUGGCCUCAAACCGGUCAUGUUUUGGAUAUAUGGCGGAGCUUUCAGUUUGGGCUCAAUAUUUCAAAUUCAAUACAACGGAUCGGUUUUGGCCGCCAAUGAUGUUGUGUUUGUUGCGGCCAACUAUAGAUUAGGAGAACUAGGCUUUCUAUAUGGUGGUCAAGAGUCGGCACCGGGAAAUGCCGGUCUGUACGACCAGUUAUUGGCACUCAAAUGGAUAAAAGACAAUAUUGAAAGUUUUGGCGGUGACCCCAAUCAGGUAACUAUUUUCGGUGAAAGCGCCGGCAGUAUGUCUGUAUCGGCACAUCUAUUGUCUCCACUGUCCAAAGGCCUAUUCAAACGGGCUAUUAUGCAGAGCGGGUCAUUGAUGUUCAAUAAGGACAUACCGAUCACCGAUACUGUCCGUGCACUGACUAAAGCUAAACACUGGGCUCAGAAAGUCGGUUGCGAUCCCAAUGACUACAAAUGGUUGGCUUGUUUGAGAUCAGUAGCCGAUCCCAACCUAUUUAAUGAGUUGCCAGCAAAUGGCGGUGCAUUUCAAAUCAAUUUUCCGGUAUUUGGUACCGAAUUUUUACCCCAUAUUCCACAAAUAGCUUUCAACAAAAAACUCUACAAUAAUGAUGUUGAACUAAUAGCCGGUGCCACCAAAGAUGAAGGUCCAAUGUUGGCCAUAAUGUUGUAUCCGAUAAUCAUGAGCCCCGAGUUCAAUGUGACCGGACUGACCAAUUUGGUCGCCGAAAUUAGUGGACAAAUGUUCAGCAAUAUAGACGUCCGGAAAACUGUUGACCAUUAUUUACGAUCGGUCGACAACCGUACAGAUCCAGUCCAACUGCGGCUGGCAUUCAGCCAACUAUACGGCGAUCUAUUGAUCACAUGUUCGUCCUAUCGAUACGCCAGCGAGUUUGCGGCCAACAACAGCCCGGCGGACAACAACAACAAUGUUUGGUACUAUCGAUGGAAUUAUGCGCCAACCGGUAGUGGCCCACAGCUUAUGUAUCUAAAAACAUUAGGCUUUCCCGACAAUACUAUAGUACACGGUAUUGACACAGUUUUUACAUUUGGUUUGCCAUUAGUGGCGCCGAAAAUGUUUUCCCCUGAAGACUAUGACUUUACCAUUGAAAUCGUUAAAAUGUGGACCGAUUUUGCAAAGUUUGGGUAA